AUGGCCGACACUGUUGUUCUCCCCCGCCUCCCUGAGGAUGUUACUGCCGAAUGGCUCUGCCCCAAGAUAGGCCUUACGAGGUCAGCGAUCACAAACAAGAGGCUCGUUACGGGCACGGCAACCCUGGUCCUCAUGACAGUCACACCAGAGGAUGAAGACAACACCAAGAAGAGGCCAAUGGACCUCUGCGUCAAGGGCGGCCUGAACCCAGCCAUGCUUUCACAGUUCCCCUUUAUUCUCUCCCUUUAUGCGCGCGAGGUCGAUUUCUACACCAACGUGGCACCCCAUAUCCCCUACCUGAGCUUGCCACAUAAGCUUUGGGCUCACAAGAACACGGAGAAUGCGGUGAUCAUCAUGGAAGACAUUGCUGCUACUGGCGGCUUUGUCUUUGCCGACCCCGUCGAUACUUGGCCGGUCAACCGUGUCAUGCUGGUGGUCGAGCAGCUGGCCGCUCUGCAUGGCGCCACUUGGGGAACAAAGGCAACUGAUACACCCUGGCUGGACGACCACUACGACACCUCGGUGCUGGGGCUGUGCGGCAUGUGGGAUGCCAUCGUGCUGGCUGAGGACCGGCCGCCUGUGCCGGCGUACAUGAAGGACCAGCGGCGGAUGACAGCCGCCAUCAAGACGUGGUUUUCCACGCGGAACCCAAAGUUCCGCUGCAUUCUGCACGGCGAUGCACAUCUCGGCAACGCCGCAUGGUCGGACAGGAUCAAGGCCCCCAUGCUUGUGGACUGGCAGAUCAUCCACCUGGGAUCGUGCUUCACGGACAUUGCCUACUUUGUCAUGACGGCCCUGACAAUCGAAGACCGCCGAAAGUAUGAGAUGGACAUCUUUGACUACUAUCUCCAGCGGCUGCAUGUGUUUGGCGGACCGAAGCUGUCAAGGAAGAACCCCGAAGUGAUGGAGGAGUAUCGCAAAUCGUCGAUGGCUGGAUUUUCAUGGGUCCUUUGCCCUUACACAAUGCAGAAGAAGGAGCGGGUAUGGGCUAUUGUUGAGCGGUUAGUGGCGGCCAUGGAAGAUCACGACCCAGUUUCCCUCCUAGAGAGGGAAUAG